AUGCUGGAUACGCAAGAAAACGAGCCGCAAAUUCCCAAGAUGACACUUUCGGAACUCCGUAGGCAUAAGACACGAAGGUUGCCUCCUUCCAGGGGGAAGACUUGCAACCUGACGGAGACCCAGACAACACCGGGCAGAGGGACUGACACAAUAACGGCCACUCCGGAGCAGGAAACUGACCUUCGUACGAUGGACAAGGAUGAGGCGUCACUCGAAGCGGGCGAAGACACCCUCGGCCAGGACGAGGCCACGCCAAACGCUGUUGACCCGACCACGGCCUGGAAGUUGGAAAUGGCUCGAUUUUUCCAACAAAUGCGGUGCGACCAGAAAGGAAGUGCAGGCGAAACGAAGAAAGGGGCAGAUCUCAUAAUGCAGUCAAGAAUGGCAGCAACCGAAGCGGGACCAAGCGGGAAUUUCGGGAAAUGGGAAUCGCGGAGGCUCAAUGGGGUGUACUGA